GUACGCCUGUCUAAAAAACAGCAUUACUAUAAAUAGUCACGGGGGCGGGGGUGGGUUCCUGUUCUGGCCAGUGAUUGUGUAAUCAUUGCUAUGCAUUAAGGAUUAAGCAAGCUCCUGUAGAGUAGCAGAACACCACAAAACAUUGCAGCUGCAAGCAGACCCAUCGAAAGAGGCAACCCAGAGAUCCAGAAUAGCAACAAGGCGACCCAGAGAUCCAGAAAAGCAUCGAGGCGACCCAGAGAUCAAGAAAACCAGUGGGAUCAAGUACAAAUCCGGCCGCUCCCAUGGCGUCUGAGCAGCAGGCUGGUGAAGCGACUUCCCUUCCCGGGGAGGGAGCUCUGUGUCCGGGAUGUCAGAGCCCGGGCCCCCAGGUCCUGCCGUGUGGCCACAGCCUGUGCGAGGCCUGCCUGGGCCUCUGCGAGGGCGAGCUGGGCCACGGGGGCUGCACGGUCUGUUACGGCAGGGAGCUGCUGGACUGCGUCCUGAAGAGGAUGCUGGACUCCCUGUUCCAGGGUCAGCCGCGGAGGGCCAGCGGGAUAGAGGACGGGCAGCGGGACGUGUGUCUGCAACACGGACACAGGCUGACGUUAUUCUGCAUGGAGGACGACGAGCUGGUGUGCGUGGAGUGUCAGGACGAGGAGCACGAUGACCAUAUGUGCUGUCGUACGGAGGAGGCUGUGGACGACUGCAAGAGGGAGCUGAGGUCAGCCCUGAGGGCUCUACAGGAGGAACUGGCGGCUCAGAUCAACGUCAAACAAAACUGCGAGGAGUCGGCUGAAUACAUCAAGACACAGGCAGAGGAGACGGAAAGGCUGGUGCAGGAGGAGUUUGAGAAGCUACACCAGUUCCUGCGAGACGAAGAGGCUGCUGUGAUCUCUGCUAUGAAGGAAGAGGAGGAGGAGAAGACCCAGAUGAUGAAGGACCGGUUAGAAAAAAUUAUGGAUCGCAUCAACUCUCUGACUGAGGCGAUUGUGGAGACAGAGGAGGCUAUGAACGAGGAUGACAUCUCUUUUCUCAAGGACUUCAAGAAAGUGUCUGAGAGGAGUCAGAUGACCGUGCAGGAGCCAGAGGAGGUGUCAGGCGCUCUGUUGAACGUGGCCAAACACCUGGGCUGCCUUCAGUACCGGGUCUGGGAGAAGAUGCAGGACGCCAUUACAUACACCCCUGUGACACUGAAUCCCAACACAUCUGAUGUCUGUCUGUCCCUGUCUGAUGACCUGACCAGCUUGUGGUACACGGACGAGGAGAAGCGACUCCCGGACAACCCAGAGAGGUUCCGCCACUACGAGUGCGUCCUGGGCUCUGAGAGCUUCAGCACCGGAAGGCACACCUGGGACGUGGAGGUUGGACAGAACAGCGAGUGGGCUCUGGGGGUGGCCCAGGAGUCAGUCCCACGGAAGGAGUGGUUCCCCGCGAGCCCAGACAGGGGCCUGUGGACUAUCUGUUACUAUGCAGAGAUAUGUCGUGCCAGAACGUCUGCCUCGCUCCCGCUGGCCUUGAAGAGGAAGCCCCAGGUGGUCCGAGUCCAACUGGACUGCGACAGGGGCAGGGUCACCUUCUCCGACGCCUCAGACAACACGGUCAUCUACAAGUUCAAACAUAGGUUCACCCAGAGAGUCUUCCCCUACUUUGCCAGCACGUGCAAGAGACACCCGCUGAGGAUCUUAGCCGGGAAGGUGUCCGUUACAGUGGAGUAGCUUGGCAGGUUAAAUUAAGAUGUGUUUUUGGCAAACUGUUCUGGAAAUUUUGAACUAAGGUGCAUUUGAGAACCCAUGAGGCAACGAGGAGCUUGAGGGAAAAGCUUUUGAAGUGAAAGGAGCUUGUCAGAAAGGCGUUUUGAGAAAGCUACUUUUCCCUCUCAACCUGCAUAGAGUUUGCUUUCUUUCAGUGUUCUACGCUCUCACAAAUGAAGGGGCUACCUAGAAUCUAAAAUACCUGAACCUGAGGGAAAGUCCUCUUUGUAAUGUCCUAUGGCCAGUGAGGUGAUGUUUAGAACAUGUCUGUGUGUUAACUUGGCUGCACAGGUCGGUAUUUUUUGUAACCCAAAAGCGGGCCUGUAUUAUGCGUGUCGUCACUAGACCGCAUGGCCCAAUUACCAGAGCACCAAGAACAUUAACCAAAACAGCCAAUUAAGUUGAAUACAAAAAUAGCUUGGAGCUUGGUCUCAAGUGUUUUGUGUGUUCCAAUCCUUAGAUGGGUGUAUUUUGGUUAUUCAUGUCUUGCAUUUUCUUCCGUUUUCCAGCUUUUUUAUUGAUGUAAUACAGUUGGAUGUUUUUUCGUUGAAAACUAUUACAACGCGACACCAAGAGACCACUUCUCAGUUCUGGGAAAGAUAUCCCAUCAUAUGCCUGUCUGACAGUCAAUCUACAAAGCCAAAACAUGCAGGACCCUGUCUGCAAACAUGUAGGAGGCCCGGCCUCCAUGAACCAGUGUUGACAUGUAUCCAAGGGGCCCAUGAGAUUGUUUUUGUAAGAUACUGUAUAUUUUCCUGUAUUUCUAUGCUUUACUGGUAAGGAAAGUGAGAGCCUUUCCUGGGCUGGAUUCAACAUGGACAAUAAAGGGAACAUCAGUCACGUCUUUUUGGGGGGGACAUCACUCCACUCACAAUAGGACAUUAAAGGUAAUGGGCGAAUAGAUUUUGAGGCCUUUUCAAUGUCUUCCAGCUUAUCGGGAUACAAUUAGAAAAAUGUGCAUUGUCAUUUUGAAUAUUGCACUGCAUGAAUGGACAGACAAGUGUUUUUUUUUUACCCUGCAGGAUAAAUGUUUGCACACAAACUAUUAGUCAGGAAGGCCAAAAGAAAUGCGACAUGAUGUGUAGAACUGGAACCGUUAUCAUUCGCACGUUCGCCUGUUUUUAUAGAUUGCUCGUGUUAAUACACACCUGAAGUAAUUUCA